GCAACAGCAGCAAUAAAAAGAGUCCUCUGGUCCGAGUAACCUUUUCAUCUACUUGGACUGCCUGCCUUGUGCUUGCCGCAUUAUCUGAUACCCACAUCUCCUAUUGAACCUGCCUCCUGUGGGACAGCAACACUUUCUUUAGUUGAGAUGAAAGAAGUUUAAAACAAACAAACAAAAAUAAUAAAAAGCCCAGAGUUUAGCCAAAUGCGCUCUUUCAGGCUCCUGCCUGAACGUCCUGUUUCCUCUGGGCUCAAAGGAGAUGUUCUUUGGCAAGAAGGGCGUUUUUUGUCUCCAGCCCACACAAACCCACACUUUUUUCUUGCGUCACGUGCCUGGCUCAAGCCAGUGGGCUGCUGUGUAACUCGAUCUCUGUGGCCAGCCUCUUGACCCACUCUAGUAGCGACAGCAGGGCACAACAGGAUUAGGCGACAGCCACCUACGAAGCAGGGGCCGAAGGGGAAGAAACAGCAGCCUUGAGCUGUCGUCAGGACCUUGGAGGAGCUGGAAAGCAGCCUACUGCAGAGAUGAAGGGAGAAGUGGGAAGUCAGCUCCGUGAUGAGAAGCCAGAGCAGGAGGGACACAUCUGGGGCUCCAUGCGGAGGACAGCUUUCAUCCUGGGCUCCGGCCUUCUCCUGCUUGUGGCCUUCUGGAACUCGGUCACAUGGCAUCUUCAGAGAUUUUGGGGUGCUUCUGGCCACUUCUGGCAAGCUCAGUGGGAGAGGCUGCUGUUCGCAUUUGAAGGGAAGGAGUGGAUCCUCUACAUGCUGAGUAUCACCCACGUGCCCCUUAUAUUCUUCUGGGGCCUCAAUGGGCUUCUGCUGGUGGUCGACACAACCGGGAAACCCAGCUUCAUCUCCCGCUACCGGAUUCAGGCUGGCAAGAACGAGCCGGUGGACCCUGUGAAACUCCGCCAGGCUAUCCGCACAGUUCUGGCCAACCAGGUCCUGAUCUCUUUCCCCAUCAUGGUCCUCCUCUACCCCAUCUGCAAGUUGCGGAGAGACCCUUGCCGCCGAGAGCUGCCCACCUUCCACUGGUUCCUCCUGGAGCUGGCAGUGUUCACGCUGAUCGAGGAGGUCAUGUUCUACUACUCACACCGGCUCCUUCACCACCCAAAACUGUACAAGAAGAUCCAUAAGAAACACCACGAGUGGACAGCCCCCAUAGGCGUGAUCUCCCUCUACGCCCACCCCAUCGAGCACGUGGUCUCAAACAUGCUGCCGGCAGUGGUGGGCCCCCUAGUGAUGGGUUCCCACUUGUCCUCCAUCGUCGUGUGGUCUUCCCUGGCCCUUGUCAUCACCACCAUCUCCCACUGUGGCUACCACCUGCCCUUCCUGCCUUCGCCGGAAUUCCAUGACUAUCACCAUCUCAAGUUCAACCAGUGCUACGGGGUGCUGGGCGUGCUGGACCACCUCCAUGGGACGGACACCCUGUUUAAGCAGACCAAAGCCUACGAGAGGCACACACUCCUGCUAAGCCUCACCCCGCUGUCUGAGAGCAUCCCCGACUCGCCGAAGAUGGAGUGAGAGGGCCCGGGGGCCAUGCUGGCCGUCCCCUCUGCAGACUACUAAGGUGGCCUGAGGCCUCCAGAUCGCACCUAGGGACUUCCUCCUUCAGCCACACACUCUCUAAGGACAGCACCAUGGGGCAGGGCGGUUUCCAGGACAUGUAGGCAAAGGCUCUCCCGACUGCCCUGGUUAUCCCUCAAGGGGCCUGAAGUUCACUUAAGAGGGACCCCUCCUUGCAUAGGCAAGAUGGAGAGAGCGACAAAUGUAGCAGCCACAUUGCAGGCAACAUGGCUCGGGAGAGCCCCUUCUGCCGCCAGGGUGUGGGGGGACCAGGACACAACGCUUUACCCUUUCCUGUCCCCAAAACUUCUCUCACACCCAACUCGGGCCGGGGCCCCAACACCCUGGCUACAGUCACAGCGGUCAAGACCCCAUCCCCCAUCACACACACACUGAGUCAGUGACAAUGCUCCCAUGUUAUCUCAGACCCAUGGCCAACAAAAGUCAUCUGUCUCGGGAAAGGAAAAUACUAAUUUUGGAAUCUCCUCCCUGGAUGCAACGCAGACCUCAGAGAGGCGCAGCUCGAACGCCAAUACCUUCAGCCAUCCCCGGGACCCAGAGCCAAGCCCUGGACACCUGCUAAGCUGGGGGCCCUUAAACCUACGGAAGGGAAGGUCCCAGUUGCUGAUCUUUGGGGUCACCUGACUGAGGCCCCUAAUGAGUCUCAGAAGCAGGACCUGAGGCUAGAAUCCUCUUCCUCCAAUGAGAAGGCAAGAAAAACACGUCUGAACAAAGGGCAAAACCCUCAUCUGUUCCUGUAGUUUCAAAACCACUUAGGAUUUUAGCAAGGGUGACUUUUCAAACGAAAUCCUACCAGGAACCUUAUCUAAAAACCACAGGUGCUUUGAGUUGAAGCAGUCCCCUCCCUUACUUUUCCUCGGCAGACACUGACACUGCUGGGGACCCCGUGGCUCCCCACCGAAGACCACUCCAAAGGCCACCACAGUCAGGCACUAAAUUCUUAUACAUACUUAGGUCCAUUCCUGAACUUUCGGUUCUAGAACACCCAGGUAACCACUCCCUGUAGCUCUGUGCAAUACUUCACACCUGAUAUUGGUCGAGUCUCCAGGCAGAACCAUCAAAAAGGACUCAUCAGUCCUACGACCCCAGAGAACCUGCCCAGUAGGCCAAUUGGGUGCAAGCACCAGGCAGUCCUCCCGGGCCUUGCCCAGCCCCGCCCACCCCAGCACUGGUGCACCCGGCCCCUCCCUAGGACCACCUGUAUGUACCCUUAGCUUGAAGUACAACUCCAGUGCGCAGAUGCUGUACGUUACUACGGCCGCUGGCCUACACCCACAACCUGUCCCUACACUUAGCCCACCUUCAGUAUACUUAACAAGGGCAGGAAAUGAGGAACGUGAAGAAUGGAACACCUUUCCCUCUUCAAGGUCUUGAGAGUUUGAAGGUACAGCAGGGUGCCUAGGGGCACAAGAGGCUGUCCGCUCACCCCCUGGGGCAGGCAGAUGGCUGGGCCCCUCAGAGGGGCCAGGCCCUACCCUCUUCUGCCUCCAGCAGAAUGGACAUGAGAGGAGGAAGCAUGGAAAAUAAACUGGUUUCCUUUAACUCCAUUAGCUACUUCCCUUUUUUCUCUCCAACACUCACAGUCCAGUGGCUUCUGGGAGCUCCAGCGGUGCAGGUGCGACCAGGGCGAUCAGUGGCCUCUCACAGGGUUCCCACCAGGCUGUGGAGGCCACGGGAGGCAUUCAAGUGCCUGCCCACCUGACAGAGGGUGGCAUUCUAGGCAGAACCAUUUCCGAUGGGAUGCGCCAGUGCCAGGCAUGGGAAACAAAGUUGUCCGAUGAGUGAGUCAAUGUGGCCACACCUCACUCUUAGUUUUGUAAUUAUACAUCUAGGCCAGACUGGUACUCACAAUGUUACUACUGCCAGCGCCUGACCUCACAGGUUGGGGAAAAACCAACAGCCCAGAGACCAGCCACAGUGGGGGCACGAGAUGGUGUCCCCCCUCCCCCACCCCCACGAGCAUCCAUCCUUAGGGCUCCAUGGCUGACCCGGAUCCCCCACGGCCCGUGUUGGAACUUUACACCCCAGCAGCGGAGUCUGUCCAGUGAGGGGCUGUGCCCGCCCUCCUGUGAGAAACUGAAGUGGCCUCCAUCUUCCUGGCGGCCUCUUCCCAUGAUGCCAGUGCAGGAAACCCUGCAGUCUGAGCUGGCAGACUGGUGUCCCUUUCUGUGGCUUUGGCUGUAGCUCCCACAUCUUCCGUGAGACACAAGGUGAGCACGAGUUCAAGACAGGCAGCGCACUCACGACCGCUGAGGAAUCCACUGGAAUGCAGUGGCAGCCCGAGAGGCUAAGGGGCCCUGCCUUGGGCACAGGCCUGAAAAGCGCUCACGUGCGGGCCAGGAUUCUUCCCACACCCCACAGCUGCACCCCAGAUAGGAAACCAGCCAGUAUUGUGCCUUUUCAAGUUUUUAUUUUUAUACAUUUUUUUGUAUUAAAAAGAAAAGCAUAAUUACCACAAAUUACAAAGGACUAAAGCAGACUAGAAUAAUGAAUGAAUCACUUCAGCCUGGAACGCAGAUACUCUCAAUAAUAUUAAUGUUAUAAUACAAGCUCAUUCAAGUAUUUUACAUUUUUUUUUGUCCUUUUAAGUGUGACAUCCAAGCACAUGGUAGAGAUAACGUACUAUGAGCGUAAGGUGGAACCUUCUCCGCAAAGCCAGAUGACAAGUUUUCCUCUCCAGUGAGAAUGGGCCGUUGAGUUCCAAUCUUCUCUGCCACCAACACGGCUGAAGGAGAGGGCGAGGUCGGGGCAGAUCCAGGGGCCCACCGCACAAGACACAGUUGGGGAUCCCACUCAGGAGGGCGCCCGAUGACCCAGACCGCUCUACCCAGGCUUUUGGCAAAAAACCCCACCCCAGCCCUACUCAGCUAAGUCUUCUUUCUUGCCCCUCCUCCCCACUUUGAGGACCUUCUCAGGAGCUUACUUUUUCUAAAAUCAAUCACCAGGAAAGGUGGGGGGAAAAGAGCUACAAAUGAACGAAACAGAACAUUAACAACUUUGACGUGGGGGCUCAGCACCUCGGUCUGAGCCCCAGGGGUCCAGGCUGGGGCAGACCCAGUGGCGCCUCUCUAGUGGCAGCACGGAGGCUCCCGGGUGCGGGAGAGGAUGACAGAGACCUGGCCCUUCUCAGGGCCACCACGCACGGCUUUCUGGUGCUGGAUGCCCGAAGCUGUGCUGGCAUGGCCCGGCCCUGGGAGGGAACAGGAUGAAGAGGAUUUGGGCGAGCUGUUGCUUUGUGUCUCAGAUCUUGGAUCCCCGGGAGAGGAUGGUGGGUGUGAAGUGGCAAGCCCCAAUGGCCCCUGCCACUCCUGGCAUGCUUGUCACAGAUACAUCGGUCCUAAAUUCAAGUGUCUUCAGAAAGUGAAGAUGUAAACUACUCUUUGCAACAUCAACUCCUAACAUGUUACCAAAAAAAGGAAGAAAAAA